GGAAGGCUACCGGUGUGAUAUUAAUGUGGAUUCGGACUCAUCUUCCUCGCUCUCUUCGCUCGUGUACUUUUACUCCUCUUGCCCGCACCCCUGCUCGCUGGAAACACACUAGGCAUCUGGACAUGGCCAACAUCCAGGUCAACAAGGACGCCCAUCCCUUUGACAAAACCCGUCUGGAGGCGCUGCUUAACCGCAGAUUCUUCUACGCCCCGGCGUUCGAGAUCUAUGGCGGUGUCGCGGGUUUGUACGACUACGGUCCGCCGGGCUCUUCGCUCCAGAGCAACAUCAUCGCUGAAUGGCGGAAGCACUUUAUCGUGGAGGAGCACAUGCUCGAGGUAGACACUACCGUCAUGACUCCCGCGCCUGUCUUCGAGACUUCCGGCCACGUCGCCCGCUUCGCAGAUUGGAUGGUCAAGGAUUUGAAGACCGGCGAAGUCUUGCGGGCCGAUCACCUGGUCAAGAACGUACUGGAAGCGCGCUUGGCCGGUGACAAGGAAGCUCGCGGCCAGGCAGCGGCACCCCCGAAGGAAGACGACAAGAAGAAGAAAAAGAAGGACAAGGCGAAGGCCACAGCUGUGAAACUGGCCGAUGAGGUCGUUACGGAGUAUGAGACGAUUCUCGCACAGUUGGAUAACUAUUCGGGUCCCGAGCUUGGCGAGCUCUGCAAGAAGUACACCAUCCGGAACCCCGACUCGGAUAACGAGGUCUCCGAGCCGCAGCAAUUCAACCUCAUGUUCGCCAGCAGCAUCGGGCCCACCGGGCAACACCCUGGCUUCCUACGCCCGGAGACGGCUCAGGGCCACUUCCUGAACUUCUCCCGUCUGCUAGAGUUCAACAACGGCCGCAUUCCGUUUGCCUCCGCGCAGAUUGGCCGCUCGUUCCGGAAUGAAAUCUCCCCUCGGGCUGGGCUGCUCCGUGUCCGUGAGUUUACCAUGGCCGAGAUCGAGCACUUCGUGGACCCGGAGGACAAGCGCCACGAACGCUUCUCCGAAGUGCGCGACGUCGAACUUGACCUUCUGGACCGCCACACCCAGGUUGCGGGGAGCGCCAAGGUCACCCGGAUGACGAUUGGGGAGGCGGUCGACAAGGGCAUCGUGGCGAACGAGACCCUGGGCUAUUUCGUUGCUCGCAUCCACCAGUUCCUCAUCAAGAUUGGCAUUAACCCCACGCGCCUCCGCUUCCGCCAGCACAUGGCGAACGAGAUGGCGCAUUACGCGACGGACUGCUGGGACGCCGAGAUCCAGAACUCGUACGGGUGGACGGAGUGCGUGGGCUGCGCCGACCGCGCGGCGUACGAUCUUACCGUGCACUCCGCCAAGACCGGGCACCCACUCGUCGUCCGCCAGGCGCUGAAGGAACCCAUCGUUACGGAGAAGCUCACCGCGGAGUUCAACAAGAAGACGUUCGGGAAGACGUUUGGCAAGGACUCGGCCGCCAUCCAGACGAUCAUUGGUGUCAUGGACGAGGCGCUGUUGGCUAAGCUCCAGGGUGAGCUCGCGCAGGGGGCGACUACCGUUACUUCCUCCGACGGCAGGGAAUUCAAGCUGACCCCUGACCUUCUGACCAUCGAGAAGAAGACGUUCAAGCAGUCGAUCCGCGAGUUUACACCGAACGUCAUUGAGCCCUCCUUUGGUCUCGGCCGCAUCCUCUACGCCCUCCUUGAACACAGCUUCUGGAGCCGAGAACAGGACGGCCAGCGCGGGGUCCUGUCUCUGCCAACAGUAGUCGCCCCCACGAAGGUGCUCAUUGUACCCCUGAGCGCAAAGCCAGAGUUCGAGCCGCUCGUGCGAGACGUCUCGGCGAAGCUGCGCAAGGCCGGUAUCUUUUCGCGCGUGGACGACUCAAAUACGUCCAUCGGGAAGCGCUACGCGCGCAACGACGAGCUGGGCACGCCCUAUGGCAUCACGCUCGACUUUGCUUCCGUCCAAAACGGCACGAUGACGCUCCGGGAGCGCGACACAACCGGGCAGCUCAUUGGCCAGGUCGAGGAGGUUAUCGCGACCGUCAUCGAGCUCGUGAACGGCACUAUCGACUGGGCGGAGGCGUGCAACAGGCUACCGGCCUACGACGGAGUCCAGGCCGUGGAGUGAUGGACACAUACCGCCGCAAGCGCGAGUUGCGCGUGGCUGCACUGUGCACGCGCGCGCAGCUCGUCUGGUAUCGUCUGCGGCCUGGUAUGUCGCCACACCCCGAACAAAGUGCUAUCAUACCAAGACGGGCUGGAUACAAUUGCCGCGGAGGUAGAGUGUAGACGUAUGUCCGACCUGACGUAUAAGCAGAGAAGUCGAUCGAAACAAGUGUAUAUGUGCGAUAUGUGCGUCCCAUCACCGCAGUGACAAGGCC